AUGGUGUCUUAUGAUUCGGCCGUCCUGAAGCUUCCGUCAAUAGAGAGUGUACAUGAAGUACAAGGAAAUCAUUCUUCUAUGGUUUUUGGCGAUCGAUAUGAUUCAAAAUCAGGGUCAGAUGUGUUCGCAAGCAAUUCCAAACUCACAAGCUCUACCAACAUGCUUCCACCUCCUACAGAUAUACCACAGUCGAAAGAGCCUUUCAGCUAUUUGCCCUCUCACAUGAACUCUCUCGAUCUGGCGCCGGGUGGAGCUCCUCGAACAUUCGAAAGACCCCAGUCCUCCCAAGAGCUAUCUUGUUCGUUAAUAUCACUAAACUUGGCACCAGAUCAAUCUCCUGUUUUGGCGCCAAAUGAAGCUCAAAUGCAAUUUCAAGAACUGCGUCCGAUGGGGCCUUUUAGCCCUGUGUUCAACCGGGGCAACUUCCCUUAUAUGACAGCAUCUUUGAAUCAACCUAGCACUCACAGAGAGCAGAUUGGAGAGAGGGCAUCUUUACCACACACCAUCGUGUGCCCAUUAAGUUUCACUUCGGUCAUACCGAUGCCUGUAAAUCCGACGUGUGAUUUUUGCGGGCAGUCAAUCGCUGAUGCCAAGUGGAUCCACUGUCUGGUCUGUUUGGAUAUUUGUCUACACAUGCACUGCCAUCAGCCAGCAACUGAGAUGAGAGGGCAUGUACACAAAGUCUUUACUGCCCGCGGCCCAAUCCUUACCUCGCAGACCACAGGUCCGUUACCAGAACCAGGGUUCAACCCUUCAUGCAUGACAGGUCAUCUUAUCUCAUCCAAGCGCCAAAUGUAUUGCUUUCUUGUGAAGGAUAUCCCUCGAGCCAAGUACCGUGUCAUGCUUAUGAUAACCAUACGAUUUCUUUUACCUGGCAGAGUUUCGUCAUACGACGCUACAAUACGUGCUUGCAUGGGUGACCCAAAAAACAUUCAAGACUUCGGGGGCUCAUCGCUCCGUUCAUAUGGCCCGGAUAUUCCUGUUAAGAAUCUAUUUCGAGUCGCUUUCCCCUUAAAGAGAAAGCAUCAGGUGCGCCUAGAUGGCGAGCAAAAUCUCGACCACUAUUCAUUUGACAGGGGCUCAGAAGGAAACGAAUUUCUCGUCUCCAAUUCAAACGGUGAUUUGGCGGUGGCUACCGAGCUCAGCGGGUUUUCAGAGGCACAUAUGCAAGAUGGGCCAAGCCAGCCUGCAUUCGAUCUAGCCAUCGACGGACUCAAGUAG